GUUUUAACGUGGCGGCAGGUUCACUGUUCGCGUUUGUUAUCUUCCAGGUUUUCGUUUUCUGAAGCUAGUGAUUAGAAAUCUUUCAAAUUCAUUUUGAUGCCUAGCAAACUUUCAGUUUUCACGAAUGUCGUUAGGGGAUUGAGUUCUCAUUGGGACCAUGUUAAACUUGGGCCUCCAGAUGCAAUUUUGGGAAUUACCGAGGCAUAUAAUCGUGAUACCAAUCCUCAGAAGAUUAAUCUGGGGGCUGGUGCCUAUAGAGAUGAUAAUGGGAAACCCUUCGUCUUGCCAUCUGUCAAAGAGGCUGAAUCACUAUUGUUGGCGAAAAAUUUGAAUAAAGAAUAUGCUCCAAUCAGUGGUAUCCCUCAAUUUUGCGAUCUGUCCAUUAAGCUUGCACUUACUGAUCAGUCUUCACGAAUCAAAAAUCGCUGUAACGCUACAACUCAGACAAUAUCUGGUACUGGAGCCCUUAGAAUCGGUGGAGCUUUUAUCAAUGAAUUUGCGGAACAAAAACAUAUAUGGAUGCCAACACCUACUUGGGGCAACCACAAGCCUAUUUUCACACAUAGUGGACUAAAUGUACACCAAUAUCGUUAUUACAAUAGUAAUACUUGUGGUCUCGAUAUAGAUGGUUGUUUAUCUGAUUUAUCGAAAAUUCCCAAAGGACAUUUUGUUUUACUUCAUGCAUGUGCACAUAAUCCUACUGGAGUAGAUCCGUCAUUUGAUCAGUGGCAGAAAAUUGGAGAGAUUUUGCAAUCACGUGGUUUGAUUCCAUUUUUCGACUGUGCUUAUCAAGGAUUUGCCUCCGGCAAUAUUGAUAAUGAUGCAAAAGCAAUACGUUAUUUUACCGAUGAAUUGAAUUUCCCCACCAUAUUACUUACACAAAGUUUUGCUAAGAACAUGGGACUAUAUGGUGAACGUGUUGGUGCUUUCACUUUACUUUGUUCAUCUUCUGAUGAAGCCGAACGUUGUUUGUCACAAAUUAAGAUUAUUAUUCGACCAAUGUAUAGUAAUCCACCGAUUCAUGGCGCACGUAUUGCAACGGAAUUAAUGUCUAAUCCUGAUUUACGUCAAAAGUGGCUCAUUGAUUUGAAAACUAUGGCUGAUCGUAUUAUUACAAUGCGUCAGAGUUUAAGAAAUAGUUUAAUCAAGGCAGGAUCUCAUCAUGAUUGGUCACAUAUCACUAAUCAAAUUGGAAUGUUCUGCUAUUCUGGGCUUAAUCCAUCACAGGUUGAAAAGCUAACUAGUGAAUAUUCUAUUUAUUUGACUAAAGAUGGACGUAUUAGUAUUGCUGGCUUGUCAUCUAAAAAUGUCGAAUACUUAGCUCAUGCUAUACACCAAGUUACUAAAUAAUAAGUGUUUUUUUCUUUCUGUUUGUUAAUUUAAACACAAUAUGAUGGAUUUAUUUCAAUGAUGUUUCAACGUUCUAUUUUCGUCCAUUUCUGAUUUUUCUGUGUGUAUGAAUGGUAACAUUUACCAUUACUACACAUAUUUUUACUUGACUGAUCAUGUUUUUUGUUUUAAAUAUACGUGAUCACUUUAUUGUAAACCAUCAGUGUUUAGCACUUACAAAUAAUUGUAAUGCAUUGUCUUCUGUCUGUAUCUCCUAUGUUGGGUUGAGGUUUGUUGCUCUUUUACAUCUAUAUUCCUAAAAUGUGUGUGUAAAAGUGGACAGUAUUGUGUUUCAUACAUUUGGUCCCCUUUAUCAUCUUGAAUAAAGCAUAAGCAAAAAAUUGAGCUCAA